AUGAAAUUAGUUACAACCUUACUUCCAUUUGUAGAAGAAUUCGUGGCGCAUACGCCAGGUACCGUGACCACCCUCACUUUGGGUCGUAAGUCAGCCCGAGUGAUGGCCACUGGCGGUGAAGACCGUCGAGUGAAGUUGUGGGCGGUUGGGAAACCCACUUGCAUUAUGAGUCUCUCUGGACACACUUCCUCAAUCGACGCCGCCCAAUUCUCACCAGACGAAGAUUGCGUUGCUGCCGGAUCACUCUCUGGAUCUAUAAGGGUGUGGGAUUUGGAGGAGGCGAAAUGUGAGUAA